AUGUCGUGGACGGAGUCCUGCAGGUCUGGCGCCCUGUGGACGGGGCUGGCGAUCAUCGCCGUGGCGUACGUGUGCAUGUCGCGGCCCCGGCGACGGCGCACUGCCGCUGCCAGCGCCGAUUUCGGGUCUUUCCUGAAGCAGCGCCCGAGAUCUGCGGCCCCUACCGAAUUCGGGGCGUUUCUGAAGGACGGCGGGACAGUGUUGGGCGAUCCGGGGGUUGAUGAUGGUGAGCGCGAGGAGAUGGAGGAGGCAGCGCCGGAAGGGGCGGUCCGGGUGGCGGUGCUAUUCGGGACGGAGUAUGGGUUCUCCAAAGAGAUUGCGGAGACGCUGGGGGCCCGAUUGAAGGGGACGGGGGCCUACUGGCCUGCCGUGGCUGACAUGGCAGACUUCCCUGAGGGAUAUCCAUUGAACAGCGAGCAAGUUGUGCUGGUGGUCUGCUCCACACAGGGUGAUGGUGUGCCACCACCUGAGGCUCGAGACUUCUGUGAUUGGCUGUUUGGAGGUGGAGCGGGCGACUUGUCAGGUUUGCACUUUUCAGUGUGUGCCCUGGGGGACAGCUCUUACCCUCACUACUGCCAGUGCGGGAAGAAGGUGGAUGCAGCUCUUGGGAGCGGCACUGGCCAGCGUUUAGUUCCACGACACGAUGUAGACCGAGAGGACUGGACCACUGUAAACAGCUGGAUCGACAACAUAUUGGAAGCCCUUCCAACACUAUCACUGCUCACGAUCGCUGAGCAAGGAGGUACAGUCCCUAACUGUGGUGCCAAGAAGGCCACUAGGGCACGGUGGAGCAAGAAUCGACCCUUCCAUGCAAAGGUCCUGGAGAUCAAGGGCCUCUGCAAUGUGACCAGUCAGGGGGACAAGAACACUGUGUGCGCCAUCCUGGAUCUGGCUGACUCUGGUCUAGAGUAUGUGCCAGGCGAUGCGCUUGGCAUCUACCCCACAAACUCGCCAAAGCAUGUCGAGGAGCUUUUGAGCGUGCUCAGGGCGGACGGUGGCCUGAGUGUGGCUCCGCCGCAGUGGCAUUAUGACGGCGAUGUCUUCGAAGAUGAAAUGGAGCUUCGAGAGGUCCUCUUGCAUUGCUGUGACCUUCGGUCCCCAAAGCCAGACCUGUUUUCUCUGUUGCUGGAUUGCCUGCCGCCGGAGAUGCGCCACACUGCAAAGGUAGCUCGGAGCGCGGGCCAGGGGGAGAGGGCCAAGAUUUUGAACGGCUGGCGAAAGGACACAUCGGCAGCCUUCAACGCGCAUUGCAACGGGACCUCAACCAACGGUCUUUCAAGUGCUGGGAGCGACUGCGCAGUGAAAGAGGCUCUUUUGUUGAAGGCACUGGCCGAGGAUGUGAAAGCGAGGGAGGCGUACCUGGAAGUGAGGCAUGUUGUGGACGUGCUUGAGGACUUCCCAUCAGCAAAACCGACAGUGCAACAGGUCAUCAGUUGCCUGCGCCCCCUGCAGCCCAGACUGUACUCGAUCUCCACGUCCCCCUGUGAGUGCCCAACGCAGGUCGGCAUCACUGUCGCGGAGGUGCGGUAUGCGACUCUGGGAAAGGCCCGCAUUGGCGUGGCAUCGACGUACGUGUCAGAGCGCCUGGAGGUGGGCGCCUGUGUGCCCGUGUAUGUCUCCCGCAACCCCGACUUCCGGCUGCCGCCAGACGUCUCUACGCCCAUCAUCAUGGUUGGACCAGGCACGGGGAUUGCGCCGUUCCGGGCCUUCAUCCUGCAGAGGCUGCGGGCGGCCCAUGCAGAGGGGCAACCACAGGGUCGCUGUGUCCUGUACUUUGGAUGCCGCCGUAGAGACCAGGACUUCCUGUACAGGGACGCUUUGGAGGCGUGGGCUGCUCAAGGAGACAUCACGCUGCACACAGCCUUUUCCAGGGAACAGUCCCACAAGGUGUACGUACAACAACGGCUCAGAGAGACUGGCGAAUCGGUGUGGGAGCUUCUGGAGGCCGGCGCCCAUUUUUAUGUGUGCGGCGACGCCAACUCGAUGGCUGGCGAAGUCGAGCGGGCGCUGCUGGACAUCGUCAAGGCCCACAGCCCCGGCGGUGGACCCCGCGCCUAUCUGGAUCGGCUCGCAGAAGAGGGUCGGUACCAGAGGGAUGUCUGGUUCUAG